AGACUUUUCCGUGUACUCUUUUGUGUGUUUUGUCUGUCGGCUUUUCGAGAUGGUUUGGAAAUUAAGUAGAUUAUCGUACCUUGGCAGUAAACGAUGUAUGUCUACGGUUACGAAUGAUAGUGUAAGGCAAAUGAAGAAUGAUAUGUUUAAUAAAGAAAAACUGAGGCAACAGUCUUUAAUCACUCGAAUUGAGAAAAUAGAGGUUAAGUAUGAUGGUGUACCUUCAGCAAGCUCUUUAAUGAUGAAUCGAAAUCUAUCCACGCCUUACAACUGUGCAAUGCAUAUCCACGAAGUGCUGUGCCAGCGCUGUGUUCUUGCUGAAGUAAAUGGUCACUUGUGGGACAUGCACAGGCCUUUAACUGAAAACUGCGAACUUCGUUUAUUGAACUUUCAUACAGCUCCAUCUGUGCUAAAUAAGGUCUUUUGGAGAAGUUGCAGCUUUUUAUUGGGCUUGGUUAUUGAAAGAGCAUUUAAAGAAGAAUAUUUUAUCGAUCUCCAUAGUUGGCCAAAACCUAAUGUUCAAAGUGGAAGUUACGUGUAUGAUGCUGACAUUGGAAUACCCAAUUGGAAACCUACCACGGAAGAACUGAAAACAUUUUCAGCUAUGUUGUGGAAGCUAAGCGCGGAAGAUCAUCAUUUUGAAAGGUUAGAUGUUUCUCAAGAAUUGGCAGAAGAAAUGUUCAAACAUAAUCGUUUUAAACGACAGCAAAUUCCGCAACUAGCAGUAGAUGGAAACGUAACACUUUAUCGCGUAAAGGAUCACAUUGACAUCAGCUUUGGUCCGAUGAUUGGAAGUACAAAAUUUGUUGGUACUACGCAAGUUACAGCAGUUCAUCAACUGGAUAAUGAUUGUGGGUAUAGGUUUCAGGCUUUGUCAAUUCCCAAGCAAUUAACACUUAAUAGUUUUGCAUUUAGUGUACUUGCAGAUCGAGCAAAGAAGUUGAACACCACUGGAUUAAAAUCACAUGAUGUUAGUAAUUCCUCUCUAGAAAGUGAUUCACUGCAAGAGAGUGAUUUAUCUCCAGAGAGUAAUUCACCCCAAGAAAGAGCCUUAUAAAUAAGCCUGUUGUAUGUUUUAAAUUUUUAAAGAAAUUAAUUAUAUUAAAAAUAUUAUAAAUUGC